AUGAAAUUCUAUAAAUUUGGUCCCUUGUGCUGUAUCAGCAACACAAACUUCAAUCCUUCGUUCUAUCCCUCUGAAUUAAAGUUACUCUUCCUUCUCGCUCUCCCAAUGGGAUUCUCUCCUGCCUUUUACGCUUGCUCCAUUCCUCCAGUUGGUCCUAGCAAAUUCACUGAGCUAGGCCAGUCCAAAUUCAACAAUGUCGUGCUUGUGCCUACUGCUCAGAAAUGGAGCAUUGCCCACGACCACACCUUGGUUUAUAAGCCCUUAAGAAAGCAUAAUCAUCAAUCUCAACAUCUCAGCUUUACUGAUGAAUUUUACAUCAAGCAUGCACAAAGAUUGGAUGAAGUUAGAAACGUAUUCAGUAAAGUUGGAGAGGAUACGCUGGAAGGUUUGAUGAUGAUUGAUGCCAUACAAAGGUUGGGCAUUGACUACCACUUCAAAGAGGAAAUUGAAGCAGUUCUACAGAGACAGUAUAUGAAAGCCAGCACUCACGGUGAGAGCAUUCAGGAUCUCUACGAGGUUGCUCUUCGUUUUCGGCUAUUGAGACAAGAAGGUUACCAUGUGCCUGCAGAUGUGUUUAACAACUUCAAGAACAAGGAGGGGAAGUUUAAACAAAAUCUCAGCAAAGACAUCAAGGGAUUGUUGGGUUUAUAUGAAGCUUCACAACUGAGUAUAGAAGGAGAAGAUAUCCUCGAGGAAGCCCAAAGAUUCAGCAGCACACUCCUUAACGCAGGGUUGGAACAUCUUGAUCACCACGAAGCUACAGUUGUUGGGCAUACACUGGAGCAUCCCCAUCAUAAGAGCUUGCCAAGGUUCAUGGCCAAAAGCUUCCUUAAGGACUUCCAGGGGCCAAAUGGAUGGCCGACUGUCUUGCAAGAACUUGCAAAAGCGGAUUUCAAUAUGGUUCAAUCCAUACAUCAGCAGGAAUUACUUCAAAUUUCGAAAUGGUGGCAAGACCUAGGUUUGGCUGAGGAGUUGAAAUUUGCAAGAGACCAACCACUGAAAUGGCACAUGUGGCCCAUGGCAGUACUCCCCGAUCCAAGCUUGUCAGAGCAAAGGGUUGAGCUCACAAAACCCAUCUCUAUGAUCUAUAUAAUCGAUGACAUUUUUGAUGUUCAUGGAACGCUUGAUGAGCUCACUCUCUUUACAGAAGCUGUCAAUAGAUGGGAUAUAGCUGCUUUCGAGACGCUACCAAACUACAUGAAGAUAUGCUUCAAGACUCUAGAUGACAUCACGAAUGAAAUCAGCAACAAGGUCUACAAAGAGCAUGGGUGGAACCCAGUAGACUCGCUACGGAAGACGUGGGUGAGUUUAUGCAAUGCGUUUCUAGUAGAAGCCAAAUGGUUUUCCUCUGGGCAUGUGCCAAAGGCCCACGAGUACUUGAAAAACGGGGUCAUCAGUUCAGGGGUACAUGUGGUGCUUGUUCACUUGUUCUUUCUCUUGGGCCAUGGCAUAACCAGGGGAAAUGUGGAUCUUGUGGAUGACUUCCCCAGCAUCAUAUCUUCCACAGCUGCCAUUCUUCGUCUUUGGGACGACCUGGGAAGCGCCAAGGAUGAGAAUCAAGACGGCCACGACGGGUCAUACAUCGAGUGCUACAUUAAGGAACACCAAGGCUCUUCCAUGGAAAAUGCACGGAAAAAUGUGACCUAUAUGAUUUCAGACUUAUGGAAGCGCCUCAACAAGGAGUGCCUCUCUCAGCAUCCAUUUUCAACUUCUUUUACAAAGGGUUCCCUUAACAUUGCAAGGAUGGUUCCUUUGAUGUACAGUUAUGAUGACAAUCAGAGUCUUCCACACCUUGAGGAACAUAUGAAGUCCCUCCUCUUUGAAGCAUUUCCCCUGUAGGGAGGUACUAUAUGUAUAGAAUCAAAAAAUUAAAAUAUAAGAGCCACUGAUGUGCUUAAUGUAUCAGUACAGGAUUGUCUCUUCGUUUCUUCA